AGCAGAACUUUGACCAGAGAAGGCCACGACAGACGUCGUCCCGAUUUUCUUCAAACUUUCCUCUUAAAUUUGCGACUAGAUCUUCAAAAUCAUAGAAGCUGACAAGAUGAUGGCAACAGUGGAACCUCACCGGGCAACAGCGCCCUCUAGCGAGGAGUACGUGCUCUGCAGCGGAGGGCAGCUGAGACUCUUGGAGAUCAGAGAUGCUGCAACUGUAAAGGCCAAGAAGAAGUGGGAAGCUGCGCCUGAGAUCCUCCAUGGCGGGGAGGGGAGUGACUGUCCUGGAGACGCCAUCAUGGAUAUCGGGAAAGGCGACCUGGCCAGGGACAUCAGGGCUGCCAAAAGGAAAUGGCUGUCGGACCAUAAGUUGUCUGUGGAGCAUCCAGACCUACACUAUGGCAUUGAGGAGUGUCUUGAGUUCCCCUUCACGGCGAAGGUCUGGCUUCCUGACAACACGACUCUGAAGGUCAAGGUCACGGGGUUCCGGCAGGGGGAGGACGGCAGCGAGCGACCGGGGACGGGGAUCGGAUUUCAAGUUGAGUACCUGAACCAGGAACUUUUGGUUCCCACCGAUGCCUUCGUGGAUGAUCUGUCUGAUCCUGAUCAGCUGGAUGAUGACUGGAUCCACAGCAGCGAGGCUGUUCCUGCCAAGGUGUUUGCAGUUCUGCGUGAGUUUUACAACAGCUCCAUCUUCACCAACAUCCGGAGCUUGGGGGACAUCUGGUGUGACCUGCGAUACAAUGUGGGGGACAAGGAGCAGAAAAAGGAGAAGCGAAAGGUUGCAGCAGCCAUGAAGAAAGACUACAUCAACAACCCGCCCAAAAUUAAGAAAAUCAAGUCCUUCCCCAAAGUGGACACGUACGAACGGCAGUGGAACGUGCUGACAUCAGCCUACCCUCUCAUGCAGACUUCCCUGGCGUACCACACCUACCUGUCGUCAGUCAGCCAGUUCCCGUUUGAAGUGAAGCUGAAAUAUGGAGGCGGGGUUGUCACGGCAACAGGGAUGGUGCCUUACCAGGCUAACAAGUACUUCCAGGAGUCUCGUGGAGUAUACGUGACUAUCGACCUUCAAAGCACCGCCUCAGGAGAGCCCCCUAGGAAGAAGUCGAAGAACUGCAGCACAAAGCAGGUGGCUGUGAGCGUCCACGGUGUGGAGGCCUGUGACUCCACCCCAGAGCCUGUGAAGAGGUAUCUGGAGGACAUAGACACACUGAUGGGCCAGCAGGGCCUCUGUGUGGACAAGUGGCGAUUUGAACAGUGCAACCUGCUGCCUAAGAACAUGUACUCAGGAGGGUGGAGGUAUUAGUAGACAGUAGGAAAACUAGCAUCUUAUUCAGGCUUCUUACAAAAUGGUGGUUUCGGUUUUAGUGAUGUACACAAACAUCUAAAGUUUGUACUAAAACAGGG